GCUAUAGUUCACGGCGGUGGGCGAAGGGUGGUGCACGUGCGUCGUGGUACAAGGCUCAUACCUCCGUGAGGGGGUCGAAACGAGUCCCUGGAUCCAACUCGAUCGCCGCUCCGGCGUCCACCACCAGGGCGACUGUGCCGCGCCGCCAGCCGGAACUGUCCUUAUCUCCAGACUUUUGGAGAUAAGCUGCCAACUCUGCGCCUCCAGAACUCCAGCCAGAAUGUCACCAGACAGACUCGGAAUAUUGCUGCUGCUGGCAGCCGUCUUGAUGACGUCAUUGGUAAGAUCAGAACACCUCGGCGACUCACCAGAAGACAACGAUCUGUGUGACUGCAUGGAGUACUGGGAGUGCAUUCUCAACAAAGGCUCGCCGCGCGGCCUGUGUCCCAUGUCCAACAAGUUCUGCUGCUUCAUGCCUCGCACCUCGCGGCAUCACGUCAAGCCGCUGAGCCUGCUGACCAUCUUGCCGCCGGCGCGGCGGCGCAAGACGUGCGGCACCAAGGGCCACGACAGCGACAAGGAGGGCUUCGCCGAGAUGGCCGAGUGGCCCUGGCACUCGGCCAUUCUGGAGAAAGAGGAAGAUCUGUACGUAUGCGGAGCGUCCCUGCUGGACGAAAGCUGGCUUAUCACGGCCGCCCACUGCGUCGAUGACUACGCGGCGCUGGGCAACCGGCUGCACACUGUGCUCAAGGUCCGGCUGGGCGAGUAUGACGUCAGCUCGACGUCAGAGCCGGUCGGCCACGAGGAGAUCGACGUGGAUGACGUCAUCAUCCACCCGCAGUUCGACAACGCCACGCUGGUCAGCGACAUUGCGCUGCUCCGCCUGCGGACGCCAGCUAAGAAGCAGACCAACGUCAACGCGGUCUGCAUGCCCAAGCACAACCACGACUCGGCCUUCAAGGGCAAACGCUGCUACGUCACCGGCUGGGGACGGACAAACGAGACGUCCGAGCACUCGGUCGUGCUGAAGGAGAUCCCCGUGCCGCUGUGGGACCGCGACUCGUGUGACCGCGCGCUGCGCACCCAGUUCGGUCCCAACUACCGCAUCCCGGAGACGGCUCUGUGCGCCGGCGCCGAGGGACGCGACGCCUGUGACGGCGAUGGCGGCGGUCCGCUGGUCUGCGAGAAGGAGGGUUUCUGGUACCAGGUGGGAAUCGUCUCUUUCGGAAUCGGCUGCGGACGGAAGAACAUUCCCGGCGUGUACACUCGCGUCAGCGCCUUCGAGACCUGGAUCGUGCAGAGCAUAAGCCGUUUCGAGCGGCGAUAGGUCGACGUGCGAGCUGCCAUCUGUGAGCGACCGCUUGAACUGACAAUACGCCGCCGUACCAUCUAGCGGUGACUGCGGUGGCUGAAACAGUGGUUGCCGCCACCAGGCGGCCAGCCGGGACAUAGCAGGCGGGCCAAUGGUGUCUUAGAACUGAUGGGCAUGUGAUAAUUUGGCCAAUCAUCGCAGAGCAGCAGUUGCGGGGUGACUCAUGGCAAGUGUAACGUGGAGCGGUUAGAUGGGAGAUGAAUGAAGAUAACGUAAAGAGAAGGUGGGGACACAAAAUAGACGACGUUUGCUUGUAAGAACACGUGGGAAUGGAAUCGAGCUCAUCGUGCAAGCGCAGCGCAAUGACCCACGUUGAAGUCAGUGAUGUGUAUGAAAUGUGCCGGGAUGGUGUUGAAAAAACAGUGUAAUCCAAACUGAUUUAAACGCGGACGUUUUAGGACAUUUUUUAGGUAGUUGUUGAGGCAUAGCUGUAACUUUAAUCUGUAACGGUCUCUGUUUGGGUGCAUUUUUCAAAGUCAAGCGGAAAAUGUGUCAGCAGCGCAGCGACUUGAUGUAAUCUGUACAAUGUCUGACUGUGUGUUUAUGCAUUACACGUGGUGCAUGCUGCAAAAAGCCACUGCAAGAUUCACGAGUUGUGAGAGACCUGGCCCUAUGAUGAAUACAUGUUAGCUAGAAUUUAAGA